AGCCAAUCGCAAAUUAGGAGAGAGAAAGAAAGAGAGAGAGAGAGAGAGAGAGGGGUUUCGCUCGUUCUCCAACUCCCAUUCCUUCGAAACCCUAGUUUUUGUUCCGACAACGAUCGAUCACGUCUUCCGACCUCCCCUUCGCUGCCGCCCCCGCCCUCAGAUAGAUUGCCUUGUCCCUCAGCAAGGAGCCAUGCAUCUUGCUAGUGCCAGCCUGCUAUUCUGCAAUCCACAACAGCAUACCACAAAUGAUGCACUAUAACAUGCCAUUAGCUGGCGGAUAUGCAAGUCCUUGUGUUGUAACCCAGCAUUACAUGCCACAUACAAUGAAAAUUACUGUAAUAAAAUCAUUAGAAAUGUCUCCAGCGUCCAAAUCUAAGUCGAAGGAUAAAUUGGCUGCAAAGGCUGCCAAGGAACAAGCCAAAGUCUCUUCGAAACCUUCUCUAGCUCCUAGCUAUGGGAAUGGUUCUUCUUCAAAUGCAUACAAUCCAGAUUCAGGGACAUUCCACACCUUUGAUACAAUGGCCUCUGGUUCAUUGCCGGCAGGCCAAUUGAAUGGUCAUUUUGGAACCAUAGAUGAAAUGGAGGAGCAUUCUGGUAGUAGUUCACUUGGUACAACAGGUGAGUUUGAUUCGAUGUCUAACCAUAAUGGCUACUCUGGUGAGUCCGAGGAUCAGAAGGAGAAAAGUACAACUAAUAAUGCAAUUCGCGUUGAAUCUGUACCUGGUUGUGAUACCGACAAGCGCGAGAAGAUUCGGCAGAAAAAUGAGAAGAAGCAUCAACGCCAGAAGGAGAGGCGAGCACAGGAACUACAUGAGCGUUGUUGUGGGUACCUCAUGUCUAGGAAACUAGAGAUGCUCUCCCAGAAACUUGUAGCAAUGGGUUUCUCUUCAGAACAGGCAACAAUGGCUCUUAUACAAAAUGAAGGGCGUGUCGAAGAAUCCAUUGCUUGGCUCCUUGAAGGGAAUGAAGAAAGCAAACAGCAGAUUGCCGCAAACAUAGACAGUAGUGUUAACUUGAAAAUAGACAUCACCGCAGAGCUUGCAGAGAUUUCAGACAUGGUGGUGAAGUUCAAGUGCACUAAGCAGGAGGUUGAAAGAGCUGUAGUUGCUUGUGAGGGUGACCUAGAAAAGGCCGAAGAGACUUUAAAGGCACAGAAGCAAGAGCCAAAAUCUUCUCCAUUGAAAUUGGAAGAAACAGGUGACUCUGCCACUGCAAGUGAUCUGGACAAUAAGAUUGCAAUACCUAUUCAGAAUGCAACUUCAAGACAUCAACAGAAGGGGCUGGCGUCAGUUGGCACUCAGCAGCAGAGAAGAGAUGAACGGGAUCCAAACUACCUCAAAACUGUGACAAAUGGAGAUGUAGAGUCCACAAGUAGGAAUUUGCAAUCUUUGAGAAGAGUACAGUCUAAGCCAGAUUGGGGAAGAACACAAGUGGCUGCUCCUGUGGAGAAAAAGUGGUCAAAUUUUAGUCCUACACCAUCCAUUUCAUACUCUUUGUCAUCCUUGCAGGUAGCCGCAUCUCCAACCACUCGGUCUGUGAUGGCAACCAGUGAAUCUAGGGCCAACAUGCCAUCGAUAAAACUGAGGGAACCGGUCAGUGUAAUGCAGCGUCCCCAGUCCGUCAAUGCCAAGCACAAUAUCACGUCCACAAGCCCCAGCAUUAGUGUAUCACCACCAGCUUCCACAGGAUGGUAUUCAAAUGGUAUUUCUAGCAUGGAGAUGAUGAUGGCAAAUGGGGGUCUGGGCCAUGGUCCACACUAUUUGGGUUUGAAUGGCUCCAGUGCCCAGCAAUUGGUUCCCCAGAGUCAUUUCCAAACUUCUUCUGGCUUCGAUGGUUCAUGGAACGCUGCUGGUUCUUCAUCAUCAUCGUCAUCGUCGCUUGUGGUGCCACCCUCACUUGGAAUCUUCACCGGGUGGGGUUCAUCUGGUUCCUCUUUUUCAUCACCAGCAGACUGGAGUUCUGGUGGAUCGACACCAUGUGACUACACCUCUAUAGACUGGAGCUUGGAUACAACUCUGUUGAGGCCAUCAACGAAGAGCGAUCGUCUAUCUGCUACGUGGUCUACCAUGUUUAUGGGUGGCAGAGCUGCGAGGCCAGGCAUGGACGCCACAGGUGGCAUCUACGUACCAGGGAUGCACGAUGACGGCCUCUCAACGGACUCCUCGUACUUGUCUGGAUCACUCGAGUGGUCAUCCCCUUUUGCAGGGAGGGAUCUGUUCAGUGUUCCAAGACGGUUUGUCACUAAUUCUUCUUCCCUCUAGGAAGUUUAGCUGUAAGAUGUUGAGGAAAAUGGACAUGGUUUGAUUUGCAGCAGCAGCAGCUGCUGGCUCUUGAUGCUCCUGGUUGAAAAAAGUUGCAUUGCUUUCUUGGUUGGUUCCAA